AUGUUAGCCGUUGGUUCACUGUCGACCUUUGAUGGUUUACUGUAUUUAUUCAAUCCCUUCCACACGAGUCAACAUGACCAGCUGCAGCCGUUUUCCGUCCAACAAGGUUUCGAACCAAUCUCGGCGACUGGUGGUCCGAAGCUGCAAGGUGUUUUUAACGGCUUACCGAUACGGUGCACGGUGUUCACACGUAACCCGACGCUGUUACCGUGGGGUAACCUUCCCGAAUCUUUCCGGAAUGUACGCUACGUCCAGCAGGCUAUUCUCGCAUCAAAUGGAUCUGGAGGGUUGGAUGGAAUGCUGCUUGGAAAUCUGGCAUCAGCCAUGAACUUUACUGCGGAAACGAUGGACGCAUCGGACGGGCUCGAGUACGGGUUUCGGACACGAAACAACACCUUCGUAGGAUCGCUAGGUGAUCUGCUCCAUCAUCGCACGGAUGUGUCCUUCAACAUCCGCUUCAUGAAGUACUACGGCACUCAGGACAUCGAGUUUCUGCAUCAGAUCUACACGGAUCAGCUGUGUGUGCUCUCGCCCAAAUCGCUCGAGAUUCCACAAUGGCUGGCUAUCUUUCUCUGCUUUCAUCCGUACGUUUGGGCGACGUUCGUAGCGGUCGGUUUUGCUGGAGGUUACUGCUGGUACGCGUUACGUCGCUGGUCGGUGAUCCGAUACAGACGACACCCGUUCAAGUACGAUCGUAAUCGCUGUUCAGUGCUAUCGAUCGAAAUGUGGCUUGUGUUUCUGGGAGCGAGUUCGACCAAGCUACCGGUGCGUGCGAUUGAACGGUUGCUCCUGGCAGCAUUUCUCAUCGCCAACUUGAUCAUAUCCGGAACGUUUCAGGGCACCCUUACGACCGCAUUCAGCACAAAGUCCUACUUGAGCGACAUUAACACGCUGGCAGCGCUGGAUCAGUCCGGACUACCGAUAGGAACAUCCUCCCGAUCGCUGCUGGACAUCUUUGGUAAUGACACGCUUAGUCCGUUGUUCCGAUCGCUGAAGGGAAAGCUGCUGGUGGUAAAUGAAUCCGCUCGACACCGUGCAGCCUUUAGUCGGGAUAUGUGCAGCAUCGAGCGUCGCUCGGAUGUGCAUCUCAUCAUCAACACGGAAUAUGUACGCUCGAACGGUCAGCCAAUGCUGCACGUCAUCGAAGAAUGCCCGCGGGUGUACUCGCUGGCGUACAUCGUCCGAAAGGGAUGGUCUUUUGCACCGCUUUUCAACGCAGCCAUCGAUCGAUUUGUCGAGUCAGGACUGUGUAUAAAGUGGUACACCGACACGGAGGAUGCGCUAACGUUGCAAACACGCAUCCGGCAGACGAUCGAACGGCGGGACGAGUCGUCAUUGCGGAAACUCACGCUGGUCGACAUACAAACGUCGUUCUACAUCAUGACAUUGGGAAUUGUCGCGAGUUUGGUGGUGUUCGUCAUAGAAACCACGACCGGAAAGCGAACUCCCAACUCCAAAUUCUAG